CUUCGAUCACCGAUCAUAAAAAUGGGUAAACACGAAGUGGGAACACCAAAAUAUAUUGCAAAUAAAAUCAAAGCUAAAGGUUUACAAAAAUUACGAUGGUAUUGUCAAAUGUGUCAAAAACAAUGUCGAGAUGAAAAUGGAUUUAAAUGUCAUACAAUGUCCGAAUCGCAUCAUCGACAAUUGUUACUUUUUGCCGAUAAUGCAAGUCGUUACAUGGAUCAAUUUUCACGUGAAUUUUCUGAAGGAUAUUUAAAUUUAUUAAAAAGACAAUUUGGUACCAGACGAGUUCCAGCAAAUCGGGUUUAUCAAGAAUAUAUCUCAGAUAGAGGUCAUGUACAUAUGAAUGCAACUAUGUGGCUUACAUUAACAGAAUUUGUUAAAUGGUUAGGUCGUACAGGCAAGUGUGUUGUCGAUGAAACAGAGAAAGGUUGGUAUAUAACUUAUAUUGAUAGAGAUCCAGAAACAUUAGCUGCUCAAGAAAAGAAAGUAAAAAAACAGAAAAUGGAUAGAGAUGAUCAAGAACAAUUAAUGAAAUUUAUAGAAAAACAAAUCGAAAAGGGUCAGCAACAAAUGUCAAUCAAGGAAGAAACAGAAGAAACAAUUAAAGAACCAUUAAUACGUCCAGAUGAUACUACACCUUUGGUUUUAGAUAUAAAAUUGAAACCAAAAUCUAAACCAGUUCCUGUAAUUAGUUCAUCUACCUCAAAGCAAAGUGAGAUUUCUAUUGAGUGUACUUCUUUCACAGAAGAAACACAAAAGAUCCAACCGUUUAUUAAGUUGGAAUUAAAGAAAAAUGGUAGCAAUUCGAAUUCAGAGAAACACAAUAGAAGCGAAGGAGGUUGGCUUAGGGAAAAAUUGAUAGUAAAAGUAAUUACCAAAAGUCUGGGUGAUAAAUAUUAUAAAGCAAAAGGUAUUGUUAAGUCGGUGGAAAACUCUGGAUUUGUUGCCAAAGUUAAACUUACUACACCGGAAGAAAUUGAAGGUCAUUUGAUAAAAUUAGAUCAAGAAUAUUUAGAAACAGUAAUACCUGCUAUUGGUAAAGAAGUUCUAAUACUUUGGGGGAAGUACAAAGGAGAAAAAGGAAUAGUGAAAAAGUUACACAUAGAAGAAUAUACUAUCGAUGUUCAGUUAGAAAGAAAACUUGUUAGAACACUUCCGUAUGAACAAGUAUGUAAAUAUAUUGAUUGACUAUCUACUAUGCUAAAAAUGAAAGUGAUUUUUUAUUGAAAGAAUAUUGCCAUUAUUAAUUCGUUUGGAGAUAAACAAAUAUAUAAAUUAUGAUUUA